UUAAAUCACUUCCGGUAGACUUUGCUCUGUUUAUAGUGGGCUGACGGUGGAAUGGUGUGUUUCACCAAUGGUUUCAUCGGUGCAGAUCACUUUACAGCAGAUAUAACCUCAUUUAGAGCGUGCACCAUUUACCUCUGUUAGGUGUAGUUUUCAUUGCAGACGCGGCAAUCAAGUAGACAGUGCUUGCGAUGUAUUUUGUUUUGUGGCACUUCCUUUUCUUGGUACUCAUAUUGCAAAGCAUGUCUCAUGUUGUUCAAGGUCGCCUUGAUCCAGAAGUGGAUUUUGAUGUGCCACAAAUCAUAAAACACUGGGGCUAUCCUGCAGAAGAACACAAGGUUACGACAAGUGAUGGUUACAUUGUGACAAUUCACCGCAUUCCGCAUGGAAAACAAAGAAAGUAUUCUGAUGCACCUCGUCCAGUCGUUUUCCUUCAACAUGGACUAUUGUGUUCUUCCAGUGUUUGGCUAACAAAUCUUCCUUCUGAGGCCCUUGCCUAUAUCUUGGUUGAUGCUGGGUUUGAUGUCUGGAUGGGCAAUGCUCGAGGAAACACUUAUGGGUUGGAGCAUGAAUCACUUAAUCCAGAUCAAAAUGAAUUUUGGGACUUUAGCUGGGAUGAAAUGGCCGUGUUCGACCUUCCUGCUAUGAUAGAUUACGUAUUGAACGCGACGAAAUUUUCAUCGCUAAGCUACAUCGCCCAUUCUCAAGGCUCCCUGAUCGCUUUCACCCAGACAUCCAUCAACAAGGAACUUGCUAAGAAACUUAAUCUUCUUAUAGCACUCGGUCCGAUAUCUACUGUCAAGUAUAUCACAAGUCCCAUCAGAUAUUUGUCACCUUUAGCUGAAGGCUUCGAGUAUCUAUGUCCUGACGUCAACGAAUGUAACUUUAAAUUCCUAUCCUCGAGUGGUCUAAUAAAGUUUCUAGCGAAGUAUGUGUGCUCGGAACCUGGAAUCGAAAAUCUCAUAUGCGAAAACAUUAUUUUUUUGGUUUGCGGUUUUGAUUAUGCUCAACUCAAUCGAACACGUUUGCCUGUGUACCUCUCUCAUACACCAGCUGGAACGUCCGCAAAAAACAUCGUCCAUUUUGCUCAGAUGGUAGAAUCAGGGAAUUGUCAAAGUUUUAACUACAAUAACCGGGAGAAAAACAUUGCUCAUUAUAACAUGACCGAGCCACCCAUCUACAAUAUGUCAAAUGUUCACAUUCCCACGGUUUUAUACUACGGUGAACAUGAUUGGCUGGCUGCAAACGACGUCCACAAAUUGGCUCGUCUUCUUCCGAACUUGCUGUACACCAAAAAAAUAGCAAAAUGGCAGCAUCUUGAUUUCCUUUGGGGUUUAGAUGCGGCAACUCUCGUUUAUAGACCCCUCAUAACAGUAUUGGAACGAUUUGCAAGUCGGUGAAGCACAGCCGAUCAGUGUUUAGCAGCAACCGAAAAGAAACGUCAUAUAAUAUUAAUGAAAUGUUUAUUCUCUGGGUUGUUCAUAAUAGCAGUCUUUUCACGACAACUGCUUGGAAUGUAAUUGUAAUUUAGUGCAACAUCGUUAAGUGUAGUUGUCGUUUUGAACGGUUUGUUUGAGGUAGCCUUCUUUUCCGCGAAUUCAAUUUCGUACGAACAAAGAGCAAACAUGUUUCAACAUGCCAUCUUCCGUGCGAAUGAUAGUGAUAUGAAAUAUGAUGCAGUAUAAGAAAAUAUGAUACAGUAUAGGAAAAUUUGAAUAAAUUAUUUACAUUGAA